AUGGCCGACAAAACUAUGCCUAUUUCUGUUCCAUCAGAAAAGCCUCUAAAAGUCAUUAAAUGGAAAGUAAAACAAGGUGCAUUUGUGUCACACGGUCAAAUACUAUUUUUGUACAGUGAUUCUUCGGGGAACAACAGUGAAUUAAAGAAAUUUAAGGCCGUUCGUGCUGGUACUAUUUCAUCCAUCAAGGUGAAAGAAGGAGACAUCGCUGAACCUGGUGGAUGCGUGGCGGACUUGGAAGAAUGCCGACACCCAACUGUAAUGAAAGAGAUGUGCGCAGAAUGCGGUGCAGACCUCCGUAGCGAUGAAGGUGUUAAACACGACGUGGCUAUCGUUCCCAUGGUGCACUCCGUACCUGAACUUAAGGUGUCUGAAGAACUAGCUCAAAAAUUGGGCCGUGAAGAUGCUGAACGCCUCCUGAAAGAUAGAAAGUUAGUCUUACUUGUUGAUCUUGAUCAAACAUUAGUGCAUACUACAAAUGACAACAUACCACCAAACUUAAAGGAUGUCCUUCACUUUUUUCUCCGUGGGCCGGGAAAUACAGGGAGAUGGUGUCAUACAAGAUUGAGACCUAGAACCAAAGUGUUCCUGGAAUCUGCUUCCAAAAACUAUGAGUUACAUGUCUGUACAUUUGGUGCUAGACAAUAUGCACAUGCUAUUGCAGAACUUUUAGAUCCAGAAAAGAAAUACUUUUCCCAUAGAAUACUUUCAAGAGAUGAAUGUUUUGACGCUAGAACAAAAUCGGCAAAUUUAAAGGCAUUGUUCCCGUGCGGCGACAACAUGGUGUGUAUUAUAGACGACCGUGAAGAUGUGUGGCGGCAUGCGUCAAACCUGAUCCAUGUCAGGCCAUACUCAUUUUUCCAAUCUACAGGAGAUAUUAAUGCCCCGCCGGCUUUAGUUGACGAAAAAUCUAAAUUAAUAAGUGGCAAAAAUGGGGCACAGGUAGCACCCAAUCAAGAAAUGCCAAUUUUAGAUCCCGAGCCUGAAAAAACAGAUGCCGAAGUUCAUGCAAAAGAUGUUAUAACCAAUACUGAAAAACCAAGUGAAGGAAAUAAUGGUAAGAUAAUUUCAAAAGGAGGAUUAGAGAACAAAAAGGAUGUAACUUCAGAAAAAACAGAAGGCGAUAAAAGUAAUGAAGAGAUUGCUCCUGAAGGUCAGGAACCACAGUGGGUGGAAACUGCAGAUGGUCAAAUAGAAGUAGAAGAUCCAGAUGAUUAUCUUAUUUAUUUGGAAGAUAUUUUGAAUAGGAUACAUAAACAUUUUUACGAUUUAUAUGAGAAUAUGGGACGUAAACAGAUUCCAGAUUUAAAAGCAGUUAUACCAGAAGUGAAAAGCAAAGUUCUGGCAGGAGUCAGUUUAGUUUUUAGUGGUUUAGUACCAACACAUCAGAGAUUGGAAACUUCAAGAGCCUAUUUAGUAGCUAGAAGCUUGGGUGCUGAAGUGACGCAAGAUUUUACAGAAAAUACAACUCAUUUAGUUGCAGUGCGUUCAGGAACAGCAAAAGUAAAUGCAAGUCGGCGUAUGGGUGAUAAUAAAGUAAACAAACUAUUUGUUGUUACACCAGAGUGGCUUUGGACAUGUGCUGAAAGAUGGGAAAGAGUGGAUGAAAGGUUAUAUCCAUUGCAGAGGGGUAGCCAGAGCAGCUCGCGGCGGCCGCCGGCGCACUGCAGCAGCCCGCCGCCCGCGCCGCCCGCCCCCGCGCCCGCGCCACGUAAACGCACACCAUCCGGCCGCUUCAUGGAUACCAUCAACCCGCUCCUGUCUUUCUCCAGUGACGACAUCGCCGACAUGGAUAGAGAGGUGGAAGACAUUUUUAAUGAGUCUGAUGAAAGCUCAUCAGACGAAGCAUCAAAACCUCAAGAAGAUGACCUUGACGAUGAAGAAAAUCCUCCAGAGGAUAGAUUACUGACUCUAGAAACAGAAGAGAGCUCGCAAGAGAGGUUACAAGAUCCUGAUGGUUCCAGUGACUCAGAAGGAGAUGAUGUCCUAAGACCACGUAAGAGACCAAGAAAAUCACCACCACCAUCAGAUGACGAUGAACCUCCUGAUGAUGAUGAUAGUUCAUGGAACCUUAUGGGAGCUGCACUUGAAAGAGAAUUUUUGGCACAAGACUGA